CAGUGGUACAGAACAUCUAACAUGACUCGUCUCCUGCUCCUCACAGCGUUAGCUGUCCUGUUUGCCUCCUGUCAGGCUGCUACUGAUUGUUACACCAUUGUGAGCGGCACUGCCGUCUACAGCGGUACAACAUCUGUCACCAGAAAUGGACAUACCUGUCAGGACUGGUCAUCGCAGUCUCCAAACUCCCAUGGAUACAUCGAUAGCUUCUUCGCCAUCACCAACGGAGAUGCCGGUCCUGGACAUGCAGCCGCUUCCAACUACUGCCGAGAUCCUUGGGGAGCAGGCAAGAGACCUUCUGGUUAUCUGUGGUGCUACAUUGCUAGUGGCAAUCCAAGAUGGGAGAGAUGUGACGUUCCUAAAUGUACUGCCACAACCACUGCUGCUGCAACAACAACGGCUGCAGCAACAACCACUGCUGCUGCAACAACAACGGCUGCAGUAACAACAACGGCUGCAGUAACAACAACGGCUGCAGUAACAACAACGGCUGCAGUAACAACAACUGCUGCUGCAACAACAACGGCUGCAGCAACAACAACGGCUGCCGCAUCAACAACGGCUGCAGCAACAACCACUGCUGCCCCAACAACAACUGCUGCCGCAACAACAGCCGGUGCAUCUGCUACUGAUUGUUACACUAUUGUGAGCCGCACUGCCGUCUACAGCGGUACAACAUCUAUAACCUCAAGUGGACACACCUGUCAGGACUGGUCAUCACAGUCUCCAAACUCCCAUGGAUACAUCGAUAGCUUCUUCUCCAUCACCAACGGAGAUGCCGGUCCUGGCCAUGCAGCCGCUUCCAACUACUGCCGAGACCCUUGGGGAGCUGGCAAGAGACCAUCUGGUUAUCUGUGGUGCUACAUUGCUAGUGGCAAUCCAAGAUGGGAGAGAUGUGACGUUCCUAAAUGUGCUGCCACAACCACUGCUGCUGCCACAACUACUGCUGCAGCAACAACAACGGCUGCAGCAACAACCACUGCUCCUGCAACAACAACGGCUGCAAUAACAACAACGGCUGCAGCAACAACCACUGCUCCUGCAACAACAACGGCUGCAGCAACAACCACUGCUUCUGCAACAACGAGUGGCACUACAACAACUGGCACUACAACUACUGGUACUACAACAACUUCUGCAACAACAACAUCUGCUACGACAACAGCAGCUGAUUGUUACACCAUUGUCAGCGGCACUGCCGUCUACAGCGGUACGACAUCUGUCACCUCAAGUGGACACACCUGUCAGGACUGGUCAUCGCAGUCUCCAAACUCCCAUGGAUACAUCGAUAGCUUCUUCGCCAUCACCAACGGAGAUGCCGGUCCUGGACAUGCAGCCGCUUCCAACUACUGCCGAGAUCCUUGGGGACCUGGCAAGAGACCCUCUGGUUAUCUGUGGUGUUACACUGCUAGUGGCAGUCCAAGAUGGCAGAAAUGUGAUGUUCCGCGUUGUUGAUUUUCUGUUGAAUGAUAGUCAGCAAUAAAUACUUGAAGCUUU